AUGGGUUUCAAAGUACCUAUUAUUGAUCGUGAUAGCGAUUGGUGUCGAGAAUGGUUAGAUCAACGAAUCAAAGAGCCUCAAAUGCAAAAAAAACUUGUACUUAUUAUUGUGUCUAUUGCUUUAUUGCUCGAUAAUAUGCUAUAUAUGGUAAUUGUUCCAAUAAUUCCAAAAUAUCUUCGAGAUAUUCAUGCAUAUGAUGUGCAGUUUGUUGGGUAUCAUAAUGAAACCAAAAAGCUAACAAAUGGUACUGUUAUUGUUCGCAUGACCGGUGGUCAAAUCGAUUAUUUAAAUGAAGAAAUCGGAUUAGGAUGGCUGUUUGCAUCAAAAGCAUUGAUACAAAUUUUUGUAAAUCCAUUUUCUGGAUAUAUUAUUGAUCGUAUUGGAUAUGAAUUCCCAAUGGUUAUCGGUUUAUGCGUAAUGUUCAGUUCAACAGCUAUUUUUGCGUUAGGCCGAAGUUACGGCAUUCUAUUUUUUGCUAGAUCACUUCAAGGUUUUGGUUCAGCAUUUGCUGAUACUUCUGGUUUAGCAAUGAUUGCAGACCGUUUCACUGAAGAGCAUGAAAGAUCUGCAGCUUUGGGUAUUGCUUUAGCCUUCAUAUCAUUUGGUUCGUUAGUGGCACCACCUUAUGGUUCAGUGUUAUACUCAUUAGCUGGAAAGCCGAUACCAUUUCUCAUCUUAUCCAUGAUAUGUCUGUUUGAUGGAUGCAUGGUUUUCAUGGUCAUUCAGCCAAAAAGCGCUAAUAAAACGAUGAAUACAGUUGGUGAAAGACUUCAGGGUACACCAAUGUGGCGUUUAUUUCAAGAUAAAUACAUUGCUAUUUGUUCUGGUGCCCUAAUAAUGGCUAAUAUAAGUUUGGCUUUCUUAGAACCAACAAUUACUACUUGGAUAUCAAGCGCAAUUCCUAAUACUCCUCCGUGGAUGGUUGGUAUCAUAUGGUUUCCACCAUUUUUCCCACAUGUUCUGGGAGUUUAUGUUACUGUACGUCUCAUGCGUCGUUUUCCGCAAAAAGAAUGGCUUUUUGCAGCUAUUGGCUUAUCCAUGGAAGGCAUAAGUUGUUUCGUUAUACCAUUUACCACAUCUAUUCUGCAAUUAAUCUUACCUUUAUCAACACUUUGCUUUGGAAUCGCACUUAUUGACACAUCACUGCUUCCAAUGCUUGGUUACUUGGUUGAUACGCGUCACGUCAGUGUUUAUGGAAGUGUAUACGCAAUUGCUGAUAUUUCUUACAGUUUAGCUUAUGCUUUCGGACCUAUAAUUGCAGGAGAAAUUGUUUCUAUCUUGAGCUUUUUUGCUUUAAACAUUAUUAUUUGUGUGCUGAAUUUGGCUUAUUCUCCUGUGCUAUCGCUUUUAAGACAGGUUUACUUAUAUCAGUCAUUUGAAGAAAAACCAAAACAGCAACAGGUAUUACUUGAUGCUAGUAAGAAUUCUGAAGAUAAUACUGCUCUUGGCAAAACCCUCGAUACAUCACAACAUCAAAGUUAUGGAGCCAUCCAACAACAACAUGAUGCAACAGAAAGUACUUUGGAUUCACAUGUCGAAUAUCCAGCUGGUUAUAAUCCACAGGAUCCUUUUAAUGUUCAGUGGUGA